GCAACCGGCACAGUCUCAAAUCCAAUAUGGAUGCCAACUAGGAAGGAAACGGAACGCUGGGUGCAAUUUUUACAGGAAAUACUUUCGUCGCGGUCUCGCAUUUGUAAAGGGCUGCCACUUUACGGAGCUUACGGAGAGGCAGAAGCAUGAGCCAUGAGAAGGUGCAGAUCAUAUCUCUGUCCCACCACCAGACUCUGCUGGAGGAGAUGCAUCAGCUGAGACACUCCGGCCUCCUGUGUGACAUUAGCGUGCAGGUGGGCCACAAAGGCGACAUGAGGGAGUUCGAGGCCCACCAAGUGGUGCUAGCCGCGUCGAGUGGCUACUUUAAAAGCAUCCUCGUGGCGGGGGAGUCUGUCAAAAAAACUCUGCUGUGUGACGUGCCCGCCGCUGCGUUCGAUGCUUUCCUGCAGUACGUGUACACGGGUCAAAUCGAGGUGGAGAGGUCAAUGAUACACAACAUAUUCAAAAUGGCCGAGUUACUCGAGUGCGUUGACCUUACCGAUGCGUGCAAGGCAGUGAGUGGCCUCUCGGUGGCUAACGACACAGAGAGACUGCACCCAGAACCCUUGACUCAACCAAAAUCUUCUGCUGAGACUCCUUCUCCUCCAAAGGGUCGAGGUGCAAAACCAACCCAAACCAAACAAGCAACGAUCAAAGCAAGCGAAGAUCCCCCGGUCUCCAAAGAGCUGGAGAAGACGCCACAGAAGAGGAAAAAGAGCGAUAAGGAUGCAGGGAAGAAGAGUGAGGAUGUUGGGGAGAACGACAAAGAGGACCAAGGCAGCAGCGGACUGAGUAACAGGCUCGCCAGCCACGAGAAGUCUCCAGGUCGCCCUAAAGUCAAACACCCCAGGAAAGGGAAGCCAAAAGCCAGCGAGGGGUCAAGCGACUCUGCCCAGGUUGGGACCAAGAGCACAGAAUUAGCAGGAGCCCUACUGGACACUGAACACAACGACACUACCAAUGUUGGCACCGAAGGCACCGAAUUAACAGAAGCUCUUCUGGGCAUCGAUCAGAACGACACUCCCCAGGUUGGGACCGAGGGCACCGGUUUAACAGAGGCUCUACUGGGCCUCGAUCAGAAAGACACUACCCAGGUUGGGACCGAGGGCACCGGUUUAACAGAGGCUCUACUGGGCCUCGAUCAGAACGACACUACCCAGGUUGGGACCGUGGGCACAGAGUUAACUGAAGCCCUGCUGGGCAUUGAACAGAACGACACUACCCAGGUUGGGACCGUGGGCACAGAGUUAACUGAAGCCCUGCUGGGCAUUGAACAGAACGCCACUGCCCAGGUUGGGACCGCGGACGCAGAAGCAGAAUUAACAGAAGCCCUACUGAGCAUUGAACAGAGUGAAAAACGAUUGUUGGCAACACAGUCUUCGACCAGCGACAGCGACAGUGAUAGUGAUAGUGACAGUGACGAUUCCUUUAUGAAAUUAUCCCUCUCUCCUCUGAAAGCUCGCCCUCGAGACACCACGCGGGAGAAAUUCACCUGCAAGCUCGACAGGUGCUAUCGGACCUUCCUGUACGAGAAGAGUUACCUGAAUCACCUGUUGAAGAGCCACGGCCAGAAGCCGGACGUGACGUACCGCUGCGGCACGUGCCAGAUGGUGUUCGCCAAUCGCAGCUACCAGAAGGUCCACGAGCGACAUGCGCACAGCGAGGAACGCUGCUACCAGUGCGACGUCUGCGGCAAGGCGUUCAAGCGCAAGAAGGAGGUGCGUCGGCACCAGAAGCAGGUGCACGAGGGCUUCAGAAAUAGGCAUUCCUGUCCCACGUGCGGCAAGUUGCUCAGCUCGCGCGCCGCCCUCACUAUGCACGAGCGCACGCACACCGGCUACAAGCCCUUCGAGUGCGACGUGUGCAACGCCAAGUUCUCGCAGAGUUCCAGCCUCAAGUCGCACAAGAGGAUCCACACUGGAGAGAAGCCAUACGCCUGCGACCAGUGCGACGCCAGAUACACCCAGAACCACAUGCUGAUUUACCACAUUAAUCGCUGCCACACAGGUGAGAGGCCCUUCAUGUGUGACAUCUGUGGGAAGAACUUUGUCUCUAGGGAGUACCUGAAUCACCAUGUCAGGCUCCACUUAGGCCACAAGCCGCACAAAUGUGAGACCUGUGGCAGAGGCUUCGCCGUGAGGAGUACUUUACACCAGCACAUGAAAACACACACAGGAGAACGUCCGUACCAGUGCAAGGAGUGCGAUAAGAGCUUCACGCAGCCGAACGCACUCCAGCGCCACCAACGCAUCCACACGGGGGAAAGGCCAUACAUGUGCACGAUCUGCAGCUCCACCUUCAGCGACGAGUCCACGCUGCGCCGCCACAUCAUAACCCACAAGAAGGAGACGCCGUGGAGGAACUUCGUGAAGGUACUGAAGGGCAACGUGGAGGACCGCAGCGUCAAGAAGCCCCGCACCGCGCCCGCCCUCAAGAGGAAGAAGAGCUCGCCCGACGAGGAAUCCCCCGCCACAGCAGACGCCCCCAAAGAGAAGAAGAGCUCGCCCAAUGAGGAAUCCCCCGCCACUGCGGAUGCCCCCAAAGAGAAGAAGAGCUCGCCCAAUGAGGAGUCCACCGCCACGGCAGACGCCCCCAAAAAGAAGAAGCGCUCGCCCAAUGAGGAAUCCCCCGCCACAGCAGACGCCCCCAAAAAGAAGAAGAGCUCGCCCAAGGAGGAGUCCACCGCCACGGCAGACUCGCCCAAUGACGAGUCCCCCGCCACUGCAGACGCCCCCAAAAAGAAGAAGAGCUCGCCCAAGGAGGAGUCCACCGCCACAGCCGAUGCCCCCAAGAGGAAGAAGAGGUCGCCCAAGGAGGAGUCCACCGCCACAGCAGACGCCCCCAAAAAGAAGAAGCGCUCGCCCAAGGAGGAGUCCACCGCCACAGCCGAUGCCCCCAAGAGAAGAAGAGGUCGCCCAAGGAAGGAGUCCACCGCCACAGCCGAUGCCCCCACGAGAAGAAGAGGUCGCCCAAGGAAGGCCACCACUAAGACCAGGAGCCGGGCCACCACUAAGACCAGGAGCCGGGCCACCGUGAUGGCGAUGACGAUGAUGGAGACCGUGGCGCCUGGGAUGAGCGGAUUGGCUGAAAUCUGUGUCACAAUAUAAGCGUUUCAUAUCGGUCGAUAUGGGUAAUUAUUGAAACAUUGUGUGACUUAUGUAAAAUAUGGACCAAGAGGAAAAAAUAAUAAAUGUUUUAUUUUUUAUUUUAAA